AUGCAAUCAAAUGAUUUUCUUCGUUCAUCAACAACUCCAUUCAUAGAAUCUCCUCAUUUAUUUACUAAUAAUUUACAAUCUCAACUUAGUAUGCUCUAUGCACUUACACAACAACAAAUAUCAUCAUCAUCAUCAUCAUUAUUAUCUCCUUCUGAUUCAAAAAUAAAACGUGUGAAAAAAUCAAUGCCAUUACCAAAUGAACCCCCAACUCAAGUACCAUUAAUAUCUGCAACAGAUUCGUCAUGUUUAAAUUCAACAAAUGAUCGUGAUAUUGUAAAAGUUGUAACAACAGCUGGACCACAAUGUGUUGAUAAAGAAUUUCUUAAUCAAUUAUUAACACGAAAAAAUUUCAUACCAGCACGAAAACGUCGUGAUUUUAUACCAAAUGAAAUGAAAGAUGAUCAUUAUUGGGAAAGAAGACGAAAAAAUAAUUUAGCUGCAAAACGUUCACGAGAAAAAAGACGUUUAAAUGAUAUUGUACUUGAAACUAAAGUUGUUGAAUUAACAAAUGAAAAUGAAGCAUUAAAAGCUAAACUUAAUCUUAUGCUAUCACGUUUAAAUAUGAAAGAAACUGAAAUGGAAAAUUUAUUUGAAGAAGAACAACGUCUUGGUCAUAUAUGUCUUAAGCCAGCUACAUCAGCAUCAACAAUUCUUGCUCAACAUAAUGAUGAUGAUGAUGAACAUUCAUUACAAUUAGCAACAUCAAAAGAUUCAUCAUCAUCUGAAACACAUGAUGAUGAUGAAUCACAUACAUGUAUACAACAUCCAAUACUUUAUAAUCAAUUAAUUGGCAAUACAAAUGAUAGUGCAAUUGAUUUAAGUCGAACAGAAAUUAAAACAGGUAAUCUAUUAACAACAAUACCAAGUAAAAGUCCAUCACCAUUGACACCAUCACCAUCACCACCAAAUGAAUCUUUAUUACAAAUUCUUGCUAAUCAAAUGCUUAAGAGCAAACAACAAUACCAAGACACGUCAACAUCAUCACGUUUAUUAACAAUAGCAUCACCAGUUGAAACAAAACCAACAAUAUCAACAUUAAAAAGAAAUUUUAAUCAAACACAACAAGAUGAUGAACAACAACAUAAAUGGAAUGAAGCAGCAAUGACAUUACUUUCAUUAAAUAAACCACCAGCACGUAUUGAACCACAAAUUACAUUUCAAUCUGUUAUUAAUGAUAUUUUACGUAAACCAAAUCCUCCUAAAGCUACAAUUGAUUAUCAUAGUAAUCAUAAUUCACAACAAAUACAAGGUGAAAACUUUCAUCAGCAUACUUCAUUUAAUCAAUGGAAAACAUUAAUGAAUUAUUUUUCAAUGCCACCAACGCAACAACAGCAACAACAACAAUCAACAAAUUUUAAUACAAAUAUCGCUCAUUCACAACAGCAUGAACCUCGAGGUGAUAUGAUGCCGCUAAAAUUACGUAUGAAAAUGUUGAAUGCAAAAAGUUAA